UCGUUAUUUCAAACAACCAUUAUCUAAUCUGAUUUAAUUGAAACAGGAACCAAUUUUAAUACUCAGUGGAAUUAAGGUCAUGGGAAAUACAGGACUAGGAGGCCCACAAUGUGACUUUCUUCUUCAACAAUUUUAAGACAGGAAUCAACAAAACAUAACUGUAUUUCCAUUUUUUUUUGUUUUCUGUAAUGUUUAUCCACACUACCAUCUUGGAUGAGCUCAAGCCUCGACUGGUUGUCAGCCACUUGUAUGGAAUGUACAUACGAACAACCAUUCACACUCACAUUCAUACCGAUGGAUGAUUCUAACUAAUACAGGGCACCUAUACACACAGACAACCAUUGAAACUCACAUUUACACCAUCAUUGAGUGGGAACUGAACACAUGCUGCCUGCACCAAGGAUCAGCAGAACCCAAGAGUGCCAAUGCCAACCUUCCCAAGCCGAAGGAGAAGGAGAUGAGACUGUUCAAGAGUAAGGUUCCCAAAGCUGGACAGAAGCGAUUUGAUGAAGUUCCUGGGAUGGACGGCAUUGGAGAUGCUGAAGUCGUCUGCCCUUGGGAGGCUUUUGGUGAAAUGGAUCUGAGUGAUCUGGCCCAGUUUGGCAUCGUCUAGAAUACAGUUUAUAAAUAGAUAAAUACGAUCCAGAAAAUACGUAGCCCUGCUCUUUGACUGGUGGAGAUUAGCUGGUAUUGGUUAGUGAGUGGCAACAGUUGAUCCUCUGCAAUGGAGGGAACUUUUGGACAGCAGUCCGAAGGACUAAUUUUUCAUAUUCUGGGCCACUGAGGUAUUGCUGCAUUUUUAAGUAAAUC